GCCCGUUUUCACUUUAUUCAUAUAACUAACAGCUUUCCACCGAGUCUCAAUAGCAGCUAGUGUGAUGGCUACAUUUAAAAGUGCCUAUAUAAACCGAUGUCAUUCGUCGUAAUAGAAACAAACAGUGUACAGGCGCAGUAACGGAGGUACAAUCCAAGGCAUGCAAUGAGUAAAGGAAUGCUGCAGCAGGGAGGAAGAAUGUUCGUGCUGGACCGCAGCCGACCUUAAUCAGCCUCCAUCCUCUCUCUACCCUUUGCAUCCUUUUGUUGGUUGUUUUUUGUCGUUGCCCUUGCAUCAUGUUCCCGUCUUGCUGUUCCAAGGAGCCCACCGAGAGCGAUGGGAAGAGGAGGUCCGUGGCCAGGCUCCUCUUGGGAGUGUUUACGGUGUACCUGGCCCACACCGCAUGGCUGCUGUACAGCUUCCUCAACACCAAACCCUGCGAUCAGGGUCCAGGCGAAAUCUGCGUUAGCUCCUACCUGUCGGCCAGGCCCAGAUUACAGCUGAGUGUUUACACCUGCCUUGUUCCAGACAACAGUCAGCUCAACUUGGCUUUAAGAAUUGAUCCAUUUGAUCCUCACUCUGCAUUUGAGAGGCAGGUCAACGUUGUAAUACCAGAAGAAACUCGAGCCAAUGGCAGCUUAUAUGCGGUGGUGUACAUCCACAAAGCCCACGUUUCACCUCUAGACGACAGCCGAGAGGUCCACCAUGCAGCUCUGCUUACCACCUACAUCAGCCCUGCCAAUACAAGCUCCAACUCAAAGCAUCCUAUAUCCCACUGGAGACCCCGCCUGUCAAUCACCAUGAUGUCAGAAGACUUCACCUUCAACAAGGCAGGACUACCCAGUGACGUGCGACGCUACAUUAGAAUCUCCCAAGAAGGCAGACUCAUCACCUACCUUCCUUUGCUGCUGAUCGACGAACUCAGCUUCAGAGUCAGGGAUCUAAUGGAAAUCAACAGAAGUACAGCUCAUCUUCCCCUCACUGUCUCUUACGAGGGGAUUUCUCUGAGGACAUUCAGAUUUUGGGUCCAUCUGCAUGAUGUGGUUUACUCCCUGCAACAAUUUGCCUUUUCAGAGGAGUACAUUGAUGAGAUUAAAGAAACCCUGGUGGCCUCCAACCUUUACCUGUUAGUGCUGACCGCCCUCAUCACAGCUCUGCAACUCAUUUGUGAAUUCCUUGCUCUUAAAAAUGAUGUCAGCUCCUGGAGCAAAAAGAAGAGCAUGGCAGGAAUGUCCCGAAAGUCUGUUUUGUGGCGGAGCUUUGGAACUUUACUGAUUUUCCUGCAUCUACUGGAGGAGACCAGCCUGUUGGUGAUACUUCCUGUCGGGUUGGCUGCAUGUGUGGAGGUUUGGAAGGUGUUUAAAGUGUUUGGGAUCAAUGUGCAUUGGAGACGUCUUUGUGUAAACAAGCUGGAUGAAGACGAGCGGAAAACCGUGGAGUAUGACACACAGGCGUCCACAUACUUGUCCUACUUAAUCUAUCCCUUGUGCAUCAGUGGGACUAUUUUCUCGCUGGCCUACUUGCGUCAAAAAAGUUACUUCUCCUGGAUAAUUAACAGCCUGGUAACUGGAGUGUAUGCCUUCGGCUUCCUGUCAAUGGCACCGCAACUUUUUAUUAACCACAAGCUGAGGUCUGUGAACCACCUGCAGGGGACAGUGUUGAUGUACAAAGGAUUGAACACCCUGAUUUCAGACCUGGGCUCCUGUGCUGCAAUGUUCUCAUCAUCUGGACCCUUUUUGACUUCUCAUCAACUCUCUUGUUUUAGAGAUGAGCUUUUCUUCCUCCUUUACCUCUACCAAAGACGGCGUUUCAUCUCAAAAGGCAGAAGGUCAGAGUGUGGAACCCAUGGCAAGAAAGUGAAGACUCAGUGACCAGCAGGGAAUUUGAUGGGACCCAUUUAUGCACAAAUAACCAGGUGCUAUUGCACUGAUAAAUAGCAUCAGCAAAUACAUCCACAUUAUUAUAUAUUAGAUUUUCUUCUGCUUCAUAUGCAUGAGGAGAGUAGUUAUUUAACAUCUAUUUUGAUUAUGUUUCAUCUUACUGGGUGUUGUACCUGCGGCUAAUACUGUUUAUGUACUGCAUAUUACCAUGGCAACUGUAAAAAGAAGGAAUUCAAGCUGCUGACUGUAUGAAAAGCAGUGUAUUUUGUUAUUAUGGACUGUAAAUAUAAAUUGUAGAUUACAGUACAUGUGUCAUGUCUACAACAGGUGGGCAGUUGCACACAGAUGUUUGAAAUUGUAUGGAUUAGGAAUGAAUACAUGUUAUUACACUGUUUAUUUUCACAGUAGACACUCGUCAAUGACAUGUGACUGGGUGUGUGUGUGUGUGUGUGUGUGUGUGUGUGUGUGUGUGUGUGUGUGCGUGUGUGUGUGUGUGUGUGUGUGUGUGUGUGUGUGCGUGUGUCAGUCUGUGUGUGUGUUUGUGCACGUGCCAUUUUGCUUUUGGUUGGAUGUUAUUUACAUUAGUUAUUACCUAUUUUGCAUUUACUUGUUUGAUCUUUAUGUUAGCUUAUACUCAUCAUUAGCCAUCUAUCUUUUAGUUAGAUGUGGCCGCUGAUAGUUAUUAGCUAUUUCGCUUUUAGUUAUAUGUUGUUUGCAUGAGCCUCUGCUACUUAUUAGCCAUUUUCCAUUUGGUUACCGGUACAUUCUAUUUAUAUAGCUAUAGCCUCUGCCAUUCAUGUUAGUUGGUUUGCUUUUAGUUACAAGCUAUUUAGGUUAGCUUCUGCUUGUCAUUAGCUAUUUUGCUUUUAACCAUGCUAUUUAUAUUAAUCUCUAAUAGUUAUCAGCCAUUUUACUUUUAGUUGCAUGCAAUUUAUAUUAGCCUUUGCUAGUCAUUCGCCAUUUUGCUUUUAGUUACUAUACAUGCUAUUUAUGUUAGCUUCUGCUAGUCAUCAGAUAUUUAGCUUACAACUAAAUGCAUUGCUAGUGAUUCGCCAUUUUGCUUUUAAUUACUGCACAUGCAAUUUAUGUUAGCCCCUGCUAGUCAUUAGCUACUGUAUAUUGCUUUUAGUUACAUGCUAUUUAUAUUAGCCUUUGCUAGUAAUUCGCCAUUUUGCUUUUAGUUACUGUAUAGGCUAUUUAAAGUUAAAGUACCAAUGAUUGUUACACACACACUAGGUGUGGCGAAAUGAUUCUCUACAUUUGACUCGUGACCCUUGAUCACCCCCUAGGAGGUGAGGGGAGCAGUGAGCAGCAGCAGUGGACGCGCCCUGGGAUUCAUUUUUGGUGAUUCAACCCCCAAUUCUAACCCUUGAUGCUGAGUGCCAAGCAGGGAGAUAAUGGGUUCCAUUUUUAUAGUCUUUGGUAGGACUCGGCCAUGAGUUCAAACCCCUAUUUACUAGGGGGAAAAAAUUAAUUGGUACAAACCGGAAACCGAUUUUAACAUUAGAGAUAUGAAUAUAUUGCUUGGCGAGCCUUAGGAUCAAUCUAUAUAUAGUAGGAUUCGUUUGAUGUCCGGCUGGAAAGUCAUUAAUCGGUUGAUUGGAGCUCUGCUACAAUAUAUGGCCGCUCUAAUCUUCCGAGACUUUUGUGAUUACGUAACAUUCUCAUACAGCCCUCCCAUGAAGUGGCUACUUGUCCAGGGUGUACGCCGCCUUCCGCCCGAUUGUAGCUGAGAUAGGCACCAGCGGCCCCCGCAACCCCAAAGGUAAUAAGCGGUAGAAAAUGGAUGGAUGGCAUUCUCGUAUGCGACUGACAGCCCUGGCUUACAGAGUUUGCAAACAAUGCACCCCCAAAUGUUAAAUCUUAAGUUCAGCAAAUGUUCUGAUUUUUUUUCUUAACGAAUGGUCAGUUGGAUAAAAGUAUUGCCAUUUGUAACGUUUGGAAAGCAGCGAUAAAGUAACGGCUGCACGACUAAUCUGAGCACCCACCUGUUGUGAUGCCAUGAAGACAAUCAAGCGGGUGAUGUGGGAGCUAGGGAUGCUAAUGCUAGCAGAGCUACCAUCUGGCAAGACAAGGACACUGAUUUGAAAGACUUCCUGUCCCAACUGAGCCACAACUUUGCGAUGUAAUCGAAGCAAUGACCAAUUUGCACAGUAACCUGCAGAAUGGCACUACAAAAACUUUUUGAGCUUUUACACUAAAGCUGCUGUUUAGUUUACGCGGUGGCACUUGCACUUGUGUUACUGUGGUGUUAUAACACUUCUGAUUGAUGCACGUACAGCUUGCUUUGGUACCUGAGCAAAUUACUUGGUAACUUUUCCAAAGUGUUUUGAUUACAUCUUUUUGUAAAGUUUAUAGAUUGCAAUGCCUUGAAGUUAAUAGUUCUGAUAUUUGCUCAUAAUUAAAACGGAAACCGCC